CCCUCCUCCUUUACCUGGGCUUGGGACCAGCAUACUAUGUUAAUAGCAUGGCGGAGUUAUCUGUCAUCAGGCAUGAGGAACGGUAAUCGCUCCACUUUGGUAUUCAUAUUAGGCUGGAUGGGGAUUUAAAAGCCUCGAGUUUGCAGCCAGAUCAGGCAUUCGAUAGAGCCAAAUGGCGAAACCGAUCACGACGAGCCGACCUCACUUGUGAACGGGACAAAGGCUGAAGAAAAAGAAGAUUAGGCAUCACCAUCACAAUGUCUCCUGAACUGUAUUCAGAUCGUCAAAGAAAACCUCCAAUUGUAAUGCUCCUUAACCUUAAUCAGAAUUUGGCAGUGGUCAACCUCUCACAAACCAACUCUCAUGUAAUAAGAGCGCGCCUUGAGGUAGCUGUCAGCAACAGUUUGACACCGCUUUUGCGUCUAUUACAAAUAUACUUUCCAGAGUAGAGAAGCAUGGUUCCAGAAUAUCCGAUCGAUAUCGACGAAAUUCUCUCCCGAAUUGCAGAAAACGUUGUCGAAGGGUUGAAUUAUAAAAUGGCAAGUUUCGGUGAUAUAAAGGAGUGUAUUGGGGGAACCAGGACCUAAAGCUAAUUCCAAGAAGCAAAAACAAUGAAAAUGGCCCUUGUCAGUCCCCUUCGCCUCUCUAUUCAAAAGGUACUUCAAUUGACCCUUUUUGUUGUCCUCGAAUCGGUCCAAUGCUCCCAAUAAACAAAACUAAUUCACAUAUCAUUCCCCUUGACAUUAGGAUAUGAUAUAAGGACUUGAUUUAUAUGCCCUGUGGCCUUUUUAAUUAAUCUUGUAUAAAACAUGCUCGUGAUUGAAAAUCAAUCAUAAAUUUCCGAUAAGCAAUGUAUUUCCUUUCCAUUAGAGUAAUGGCAAAAUUCCAGGACUAUGUAGUCGGCAUAGUAGUUCUCGUAUUUUCAGUCGUAGUUUUGGUGCUACGAGGCCCUUGUUCACAAAAAUUUAGUUUGUCCAAGUUGAAAACGAUUGUUCAGGGACCAAACUUGUAUCUUUUUAUAGUGUCUAAUGAAAUGUAGAGUCAUGGAGAGGCCUAAGAUUAUUUUCAACAUUAUCUGGAUAAUAUCUGUAAAAAUUAUCGUAACUUCCUCAAUGGACCUUCAAGAAGUUAUUACAGAAUUGAACAGAAUAGAAGAGAUUCGAACGGUUUUGUAUUUUCUUAAUGAUGUGGAGGAAGAAACGGAACAGAUUAUUCUAAAGGAUUCAAACCCUCUUAUUGAGACCAUUCCGAAACUUAUACUCAAAGAUCCUUCACGGGGAGUGACUAUAAAAGAUAAAUUCAACGAAGAUACUUUGUCCAUAAUUUUCGCCACAAUCCGGACAAAAAGAACUGUCCUGGAAGCAGUGAAAGGAGCUUUAAACGGUAAUGUUCGGUCAAGAGUUAUUUUUUAUUUGCGCAUGGAGAGUUUUUUCGACGAGACCCUGAAAGAGGUCUUCACCUGUUUGUGGUAUCAUCGGAUGUUUAAGAGUCUCGUCAUAUGGAACAAUCGCACGUUCACAUUCAGCCCGUACCCUGACAUAAGGAUUGCAGAGGUCACAUCAGUAAAAUCUCUGAGCUCAGUUUUCUCAAAGAAAGUAGUCAACCUUCAGAGAAAUCCCGUGAACGUCAUCACAAAUUUGGGCCCAGCAGCCUUUAUCAAAUAUGUGGAUCGUAAUGGAAAGUUGCGAUAUGGUGGUCCCUUUCUAAAGGUCAUUCUCGAAUUUAUUGAAAAACUAAAUGGAACAUUUUUCGAUUACGACGGCAAAUUUAAUGGUUUCACUGAGAUAAGGGCUUUAUUUGGUCGGAGGGAAGUCGAUAUCAUGUCAGUUAUGGUGAUGGGGUAUGCGCAGAAUGAUGAGUUGACAUAUCCCAUAAAAGGCGAUACAGCGUGCAUCCUGUUGCCGUAUCAAAAGGAACUGCCAAGGGUGUAUUAUCUAAUAUUGCCUUUCCAAAAGUCCAGUUGGCUUCUGGUAGGCAGUGGAAUUAUGUUUUUAUUCAUAAUUGCGGGGGCUACGGAAAUUUUGAGUGGCAGGAAAUUUACUUCUUUGCUUCAAGAAGCCUUCUUUCGAGUCGUGCGGAUGGUGAUCCAACAGAUACAUUUCAAAGAUAGACCGCCCACGAGUCGGUGGAUGACAAUAAUUCACAUACUAGGAGUUGUCCACUUUAUGCUUCUUCUUAGCUUUUAUCAAAGCGGCUUGAGCAGUUUCUACACCAAAUCAAUCGCCGGCAAACAAAUCGACACUGCCGAGGAUCUAGUCAGAACCCAGUAUCGAAUAUUGGUCAACCCUGAUAUAUUGGAUUAUAUUCACCGCGUCAAUAUUUUCCCCCAAAAUAUUGUCGAACGUUUCUCAAUAACUAAGGCUCCGCUAUCUAGGAACCUCAGCAAAGCAGAUAAGAAAUUUGGUUAUUUUGUUGGAGCGGAAUAUAUGACCAUUUUCAAUGAGCUAGAGAGACAAUACUCGAAAAAGUACUUUCAUAACAGCAAAAUGUGCGCAUUUAAGACUCUCACUUGUAUCAUGAUCCAGAGGGACUACCCAUUCAAGGAAUCCUUUAAUGAUGUGAUACUUCCGCUAACUGCUGGCGGCUUCAUUGAUAAGUGGCAAAAGGAUAUUGUGUACGAAAGUAAGGAAGCAGGAUAUAUAAAUAUGACCCUGACAACUGAAAGCCUCUUCAGACCUUUGAUUUUCGAUGAAUUAUUUGCGGUUUGGAUUAUUUAUACAAUCGGUAUCCUUCUGAGCAUUAUUACCUUUGGUGUAGAGAAACUAAGGAAACUAAUAAAUGAAUUAAAAUAAAUUUUGAAGUCUACCUAUCGAAGUAAUUAUCAUACAAGCUAAUAAAUGCUGCAGAAUUGAAAAUUAUCACGAAUUACUUUUUAUUUUCCGCUCUAUAGUGAAAAAGUUUCCAGGACCUGUACAGCAAUCCAAUUGAUCGGAAUUAUAAAAUCCCUCAUUAUCAGCUUGGAUGCCAUCAAAUUUCGCUUGGAUUCUCAGGAAGCCUGUCACCAGAAUU